CCCCUUUGAUUUAAACAGCGGUGGCUGGAGUGGACUUCGCACUGCGUCGGUCGGCAUAACUAGUCCCGUGACUCUUAGUGUUCAGGUCGAAAGUAUUCCUUCGAUAACGAGGUUGUAUAAAGAUAUGUCAGCUGUGGAGGCUCAGUGAUCCGAAUCCAAGUGCUUGGCUGUCCAUGCGAAGGAGCUCCAUUCACCCGCUCCACGAGUGACACCAGCCCGAAGCCAUGGUGGGAUUUCUCUUGAAAGUCCUGCUGGCAGCAGCGGCUGUUCUCCUCACCUGUGUCAUCUGGUGGAUUCGUGACAGGCGUCGAAAACACACCUUCUUCAGGGAUCUGGGCGUCCCUGGGCCGAAGCCGACUCUUCUCUGGGGAAACAGGAAGCAGCUUAGUGAAGACACUAUUAAGGUCAUGGGGCAGUGGAUAAAGACGUACGGAAAGGUGUUCGGCAUGUACCGUUCCGAGUCUCCGGUGCUGGUGAUAAGCGACGCGGAAAUGAUCAAGCAGUGCUUCGUGAAGGAAUUCGACGCCUUCCACGACAAGCCGGGACCCCCAGUGCUUGUGGAGCCCUUCAAGGACAGUCUGCCGUUUUUGAAAGGUGACGAAUGGAAAAAAGUGCGCACGCUCCUCAACCCGGCGUUCAGCACAGCGAAGAUGAGGCUGAUGAUGCAGACCAUCAACAAGUGCGCCGAUGUGUUUGUGGACAUAUUGACUGAAUCUUCCCAAAAAGGAGAAGUCUUGGAGAUGUACAAGGUGGCCCAAGGUCUCUCACUUGAUGUCAUCACAAAAUGUGCUCUGGCCUGGCAGGUGGACUGCCAAAAAAAUCCGGACGAUCCUCUGCUCAAAGAACUUAAGAACAUAUUUCGCAAUACCAGCAAUGUUGGAGCGAGAAUUUCUUUUUGGUUCCCAGCACUUAAACACGUAAUCGAAAUACUUCACAAAAAAUGGCAAUUUAUGGUCACCCAAGAAAAUAUAAUCGCCAACCUACGCAACGUAAUCUCUCUUCGACGGCGGGGUCAAGCGCCUUCAGUACCAGAUCUUCUUCAGUUGAUGUUGAACUGCCAGUCGGACGCCAGCAACGCUAAAGACCACACUGAUCAGAAAAACCUGCUCCUUGAAGACCGCAUGCUUAUCGCUAACUGCUUCAUCUUCAUCUUAGGCGGCUUGGAAACGACAUCGCUGGCCUUGGCUUACACCUUGUUCCUCCUCGCCAAGCACCCUGAAGAGCAGGACAGACUUUUCCAGGAGCUCACAGACAUGUUCCCUGGCAACCAAGAACUCAGUUCAGACGACCUCCGCAAGCUGAAACGUCUGGACAUUGUGUUCAAAGAAAGCUUGCGCUUGUACCCACCCACCGUGGCAUUUGUGUCUCGUACUUGCCGGCGAGACAUUACGGUGAUGGGCCAGUUCAUCCCGUCAGGUACCAGCGUCACAGUCCCUGUGUGGCACCUUCAUCACGACGCUGAUUACUGGCCGGACCCUUUCAAGUUUGACCCGGAGAGAUUCAGCGAGGGUCAAGAGAGGCACCCACCCGAAGCGUACGCUCCGUUCGGCUUGGGACCUCGUGCCUGCAUUGGCAGCCGCCUUGCAAUGCUCGAGCUGAAAGCAACUCUAGUCAAAGUGGUGCGAAGGUUCAAGAUUCUGCUGUGUGACGAAACGCAAGAUCCACCCAAGAUUCGCAUCCCGCUCUCCUUGACUUUGCCUGAGAAUGGAAUACGACUGAAGCUGGACCGUAGAGACCCAUAAACAAUCGUUGUCAGUCUCAGCAGAGCACGAUUAUUUACAGGUGUGGACAAUGUGUGGAUGGUGCAACACAACGCUACAAGUACUCGUGUCGUACGAAUCAAGCCUUUGAGUUUCCAGCACAUACCCGCAGUGUCAGUGAACUUGUGUUUUGAUAUUUACCUUCAGUUGAAGUAGAAAGUGUUCCAAUUUAUGCACCCUAAAAAAUCCUGUUAUUAUGGUCAACCAAAGGGUCAUCCGUGUAUAGCUGAGGUCGCUGUUUCCCUAAAAUUCUACGAACCCAACUUAAUAAACUUGCUGAAUACAAUAAAAA